GCGAUCUCGUCACUGAUCUCGGAAGUUAAACAGGGUCGCACCGGAACAAAGUUUGAUUCCAGUGGCACCUUUAAGAGACCGACAGACUUUUAUUCAAGGCCUGUACAGACGUGACUUUCCUUGACAGUGAUAGAAUCAACCCCAGUCUCCUUUUUCUUGGCAGUUUGGUCACUCCGCCAGCAGGACCCGCCCCUGCAGGGCCAAGAGCUGUCCCUCAUUCCUCCUAUACCUUCACCGGACCAAUAAAAAACCCUGUGACUUGGAAGGCCUGUGCCAAGUAGAGAAGAACAUCGUUGCCAACCAUGACUGAGCAGCAACAGCCGGUGCUUCGAGAGGUGCUAGAUCAGCACCUGCGUGGCUUGGGCAUCGAAACGUUCUGCGUGGAGCACCCUGAAGUAUUCACAGUUGAAGAGAUGAUGCCUCACGUGCAACAUUUAAAAGGAGCACUCAGCAAAAACCUUUUCCUUAAAGACAAGAAGAAAAAAAGACUAUGGCUGGUAACGGUUCUGCAUGACAGGCAAAUCAAUUUAAAUGACUUGGCGAAGAAACUGGGUGCUGGCAGUGGAAACCUGCGCUUUGCUGAUGAAGCAACCCUGUUGGAUAAACUGAAAGUUGGCCAGGGUUGCGUAACGCCUUUAGCUCUCUUCUGCGACCAAGGAGAUGUAAAGUUUGUGUUGGAUGCUGCCUUUCUGGAGGGAGGUUAUGAGAGGUUGCAUUUUCAUCCAAUGACAAAUGCAGCAACCGUGGGGAUACAUCCAGAUGACUUCCUAAAAUUUCUUAAGUCUACAGGACACGAGCCUAUGCUUGUACAUUUUGAUGAUAUAGCAUUAUGAGACCACUUUUGUAUUUUAGAUAUGGGAAAUGACUGUUUAGCCAACAAAUGUAAGAAAUAUAUUUUCGUACUAUUUCAAAAGUAUUGUAAGAUUCCCCCCCCCCAUGGGAUAAUACUGGCUUCAGAGUGCACUUGAUAACGUUGUGAUGUUCUCAGCCACACUGGUCUACAGGAGAAGCCCACAGGUUACCGGUAGAGAUUAUAGUUUGCAUGUAGGUCUCAAAUUAAAUCUCCAGAAUUUCCAUCUGAAGGGAAUCACAAGUAGCAGGGCAAGCAUUGUCUGAGAA